AUAAAUUCGACUAACUUUUGAUGUAUAUUUUGUGAUGACAUUUUUGGGGUAAAUAAUACGUGAUUUGCAGAGACAAAAAUAGUUCCGCUGUGGCUUCGACCGGACCACUAUUGGCGAUGUACGGAACAUUCAAGCUGCAAAAAUCCAAACCACACAUUUCAACACAUUCGGAUAUAAUUUAGCUAAAACAUGGGAGAACAACCAGUGAGAGUCUUAGCAUGUGGGGAUGUCGAGGGCAGGCUGAACGCUCUCUUCAAUCGAGUCCAGACCAUCCAGAAGAAGACCGGACAGUUUGAUCUGUUGCUUUGUGUUGGGGAGUUUUUCGGAACGACACCAGAGGCUGAGGCUGAGUGGCAGCAAUACAAAACUGGAGCCAAGAAAGCCCCCAUUCACACCUACAUCCUGGGAGCAGCGAGCCAGGAGACGGUGAAGAACUUCCCCAGCGCUGACGGCUGCGAGCUGGCUGAAAAUAUCACAUAUCUGGGUCGGCGAGGUGUGUUCACCGGUGUGUCAGGGCUACAGAUAGCCUAUGUCAGUGGUCGGGAGGCUCAGCAGGAGCCAGCCCCGGCUCACUGCUUCACUGCCAAAGACCUGUCAGCUCUCGUGUCUCCGCUGACCAGCAGCUCCAAGUUCAGAGGGGUCGACAUCCUGCUGACGUCACAGUGGCCCAGAGGAGUGUGGCAGUACGCAAACAACCCGGAAGUGAACACAAAGUUCUGCGGGAGCACCUCCGUCGCCAACCUCGCAGACAAACUGAAGCCACGAUACCACUUUGCUGCACUAGAGGGCACUCACUAUGAGAGACUCCCAUACAGAAAUCAUCUUGUUCUCCAGGAAAAUGCUCAGCACGUUAGCCGCUUCAUCGCCCUGGCAACUGUCAACAACCCUGCCAAGAAGAAGUAUCUGUACGCCUUCAACAUAAUCCCAAUGAAGACCAUGGAUCCAUCAGAGCUGGUAAAGCAGCCGCAGGAUGUGACAGAAAACCCCUACAGACGCUCCACAAAAGACAAGACGGACGCACCAAAGACAGGCUUCAGCGGCACAGAGGAGGAGGAGCCUUCCCAUCAGUUCUUCUUUGACCUGGGCAAGAAGCAGGGUGGGGGUCCUCGUGGCCGUGGCAGGAAAAGAUAUCCAGAUGGAGACGGACGGGGACGAGACCAGCAGCAUGAUGGAGACAGGCAUCAUCAGGGACAACCCAAACAGCCCCGCAGGCACCCUCAGCCCACUGGUCCCUGCUGGUUCUGUUUGGCCAGUCCUCAGGUGGAGAAACACCUCGUCAUCAGCAUAGGAACACAUUGUUACCUGGCUCUGGCUAAAGGCGGACUGACUCCUCACCACAUCCUGAUCCUCCCCAUCGGUCACUACCAGUCUGUGGUGGACCUGAGCUCUGAGGUGGUGGAGGAGAUGGAGAAGUACAAGUCGGCCCUGACAAGCUUCUACAAGAGCAAAGGAGAGCGAUGCGUGCUGUUUGAGAGGAAUUACAGAAGCCAACACCUGCAGCUACAGGUCGUCCCGGUGCCGCUGGACCGCUGCACAACAGAGGACAUCAAAGAGGCAUUCAUGGUCCAGGCUCAGGAGCAACAGAUGGAGCUGAUGGAGAUUCCUGAACACACUGACCUCAAACAGAUUGCUCCUCCAGGGACACCGUACUUCUAUGUGGAGCUGGACUCAGGGGAGAAACUCUUCUACCGCAUCCAGAAACAUUUUCCUCUGCAGUUUGGAAGGGAGGUUCUGGCCAGCGAGGCGGUGCUCAACAUCCCGACUCGAGCCGACUGGAAGGAGUGUAAACAGACCAGGGAGGAGGAGGAGGAGAGCUGCAAACAGCUGAGAGACGACUUCCAGCCGUUCGACUUCGCCUGGGAGGACUAACACACACAGACACGCACGUAGAUACAGUUACCACCACCACUGUUUUUGUGUUCCUACAACAUUGUCUCUGUUAAAGGAAUAGUUCAGCAUUUUUGGGGGAUAUUCAGAUACCACCCUCAUGUGGUAGCCUCAGUUAGCUUAGCAUAAAGACUGUAAACAGCUAGCCUAGCUCUAUCUGAUUGUUGCAACAUCCACCUACCAGCACAUCUAAAACUCAUUAAUUAAUAAGUUAAUUAGAGUUGGCAGGUGGAUUUUGUUCCUGUUCUAAGCUAAGCUAACCAACUGCUAACUCCUCCUGUCUAACUCUGAGCAGAAAAAAGAGAAAGAAAAAUAUAUUUUACACAUAUUUUCCAAAAAUGUUGACCUAUUCCUUUAAAUGAGUUGAUUUAAAUGAGAUGAGUUUUGUAAGUAAGAUAAUGAAAGCCUCAGUUUAAAAGUUUCUUAAACUAUUUUUCAGUCUUUUCACUAAACAAAUACAAAUAUUUGCAAUUCCAUAAUUGGCAAAAAAGCGAGAAGGCAAACCCCUAAAUCUCGCUUUUGGGUGAGUUGUUUGUUUUUCAUGCUCAAAAGUGACAAAAAGUAAUGAGUUAAAGUGUUUAAAAUGGCAAUUGUGAAUGUUUUGUGACUGCUGUCCAUUGCUUUGUGCAGGUUACUGGAUAAACUCCUUAACAAUAAAAGUUAAAGAUCUGCAGAGACCGAGGCUCUGAAACAUUUUUAUAAAUACAAACACUGUAAAAACCUGCAGCCUUUUCUAUCAUUUCUAUGGAGGGUCUUUUUGUUUAACUGUUUUUAAAUGUAUUUCUUGUAUUUUGUAAAUGAACUACAAAUAAAACUCUUAUUUUGGG